CGACUAUUGUAGUGAUUAUGUAGCUGCAGCUAUGGUGGGCAAAUGGGGCACUGGGGGGAGUCGUUGUCAGUUAGAGCUACGAACCAUACGUCACGAAAACGCGCUGAAGCUAUGCAAUACCCUGCAAGCCGUCUGGACCUUUCUCCAUUGCGGCAUUAUCUCCGCGGGGAUCUACGUGAUGUCGGUAGUGGAGGUUUAAUGGUGUAUGAUCAGCUUGCGAUAAGAGAGGGGAGGGGGGCAUCGACGACGGCUAGCACAAGGACGAGAUUAGUGCUACAGACAGUUGAUCGAAGACGUACGUGUUGUGGUGUGUUGAUUGAAAUCGCUCAGGGCUGCAUCAUCUUGAUGUUCGCCUGCGAGUACCCCGCUGUCACAAGCCUGCAGUGCAUCAUUGCGGGGCUCUCAGCCGAGAUCUCGAGCUGAACAAAGCCCUCUCUUUACAAUCACAGUCGCACUGGAGAGACAACGAGGAGCUGCGCAUCUGGCACGAUGUCACGUCAUCGCUAUGACGAAGAUUUGGCAUAUGGAAACCUCCCCCCUGGAGACGAAGGUGGAGAGGGGGACCGUGGGCUGGUGGGUGACAUGGGUCGGCGCCUGUUCGGGGGCAAGAAAGAGAACUCUCGGCCACAGCAAGGAUCCUCCGACGCAGGCGGCAUGUCGUUCAUGUUCGGUAAACUCCAUGAGACCAUACACGGCCUGGGCUCCGACUUGAAGGAUACAAUCUCGGGGAAGACUGGCACUCCAGCCAAACCUUCUCAAGGCCAGCAAGGCGAACAGUCGGUGCCCCAAGAACUCCACAACCAGCAUCGCUUUCUGAGCUUUGCGCCCGAACGACGUGGCAAUGACAUCAAGUGGUAUGUCGAUGGAGCCUCUUACAUGUGGGCUGUGAGCGUAGCAUUGGAACGCGCUCGAGAGUCCGUAUGGAUCCUCGAUUGGUGGCUAUCCCCAGAACUGUACCUCCGUCGCCCGCCAGCGAAGAACCAGCAGUAUCGACUUGACCGGAUGCUCGAAGCCGCAGCCCAACGUGGUGUCAAGGUCAACAUCAUUGUGUACAAAGAGGUUACGCAAGCUUUGACUCGUAAGUUGCUAAGUCCAACUUUGCCCGAUUAUCUCCACUCUCUCCUACCGCAGUCUACGGACAAUUUUACAAAAGGUCUUACUCGGUUCGGGCUUGAUGUCAUCUUCAAAUCGCUCGAAGAAUGGGAAAGGACAGACCCGCUGAUUGCACCACCUAUUACAGUCUCUUCAUCUCAUACGAAGCAUCACUUGGAGGACCUCCACCCCAAUAUUGGGGUGUUCAGGCAUCCCGACCAUCUGCCUGAUGUAGCAGUCCUCCAAUCCAACUUUCUAUCUUCGCUUCGGAGCAUGACGCUGUCGCCGGCAAAACUGGCUCAACUCCCAGGAGAUGGUCUCAAAGCCAUCUACGGAGCUCACGAGGGUACAGUUCUAUACUGGGCACAUCACGAAAAGCUUUGUCUGAUCGACGGCCAAACUGCAUUCAUGGGCGGGCUUGAUCUUUGCUACGGUCGUUGGGACACAAAUUCGCAUCCCAUUGCUGACGCACACCCUGGUGAUAUGAAUCGGAUCGUGUUUCCUGGCCAGGACUUCAACAACGCCCGAAUGAUGGAUUUCAACGACGUCAGCCAUUGGGAGAACAACAAACUCGACAGAAGCCAAAGCUCUCGCAUGGGUUGGUCUGAUGUCGCUCUUUGCAUAUCUGGAACAGUUGUCCAAGAUCUCCGAACACACUUCACGCAACGCUGGAACUUCAUUUAUGACGAGAAGUACAGCAGGAAGGCGACUAGGUACCAACGGCUUCCUGAUACCAGCAGUGGCGCCCAAGUCGGUGGCGAAUAUCCGCAGCGUGGGUUUGAAGGUGACCAAGAUGGUCAGCGUGGAUUUGGUGAUGAAGGUGAGGGUGAACGAGGUUUGUUUGGUCGCGGUGGAGGGCUCCGCCAGAAAAUAUACAGUCGUGUCAACGAAGAAUACCAUGAGUUCGAGCAACAACACGGACAUGGACAGGGCGGGCAACAGCAAGGCUACCAAUCACAUGCCGAACAUAGUGCUCAGGGCGGUAGGGUCGACUGCCAGAUCACGCGCAGUUCGGCGCUAUGGAGUCACAAUCUUAUCAACACAGAGCACUCGAUACAAGAAGCUUAUUGCGAGACUAUCAGGAACAGCCAGCACUUUGUGUACAUCGAAAACCAGUUCUUCAUCACGUCUACCGGAUCAGAUCGCAAAAUUGUCAAGAACUUGAUCGGUGCAGCUAUUGUCGAACGCAUUGUCCGCGCUGCUCGUGAGGGCCAGAAAUUCAAGAUGAUCGUCAUGAUACCCUCUGUGCCAGCGUUCGCUGGUGACCUCAAGGCUGAUGACGCCCUUGGAACCCGCGCCAUCAUGGAAUUUCAGUACGACUCGAUAAACCGCGGCGGUCACUCGAUCUACGAAGAAAUUGCCAAAGCUGGUUUCAACCCCAUGGAUUAUAUCAGAUUCUACAAUCUCCGCAGCUACGAUCGUAUCAAUGCGAGCAAAAUCAUGCGUGAGACGGAACAGAACAGCGGCGUUUCGUAUUCCCAGGCUAGCGAAGGUUACGACGCUGCACAUGACGCUUCUCGAGACAAUCUCGCGUACGGCGCAUACGAGUUGGAUGGAUCGUCGGAUCAAGCCAAACGCAACGAUUACGAGCGGUAUCAACAAGAAGCUGCUAAGACUGGUAGUCGACAGGGCCUCGGCGACGGACGAUGGGACUCUGUCAGCGAGUGCUACAUGCUCAAUGGCGAAGACAUUCGUAACGUUCCCUGGGAGGGCAGUGCGGCGGAUGAGAUGGACGCAUUCGUCAGCGAGGAGCUGUAUGUUCACACCAAACUCCUCAUCGCUGAUGACACAACUGUCAUAUGUGGCUCGGCGAACAUCAACGAUCGCUCGCAACUAGGAGAUCACGACUCGGAGAUAGCGGUCAUUAUCAACGAUCAGGAACAGGUUGACUCGUACAUGGAUGGACGUCCCUGGCGUGUCUCCAAGUUUGCCUCCUCUCUCCGGAGGGAGAUUUUCAGGAAACACUUGGGUCUGCUCAGACACCAAGACCCGGAACGACCAAACGAGAACUUUGAACCCAUCGGUGUAGCAAAUGUGUAUGACUGGGGCUCGCGCGAGGACCAGCAAGUUGCAGAUCCACUCUCAGACGAGUUCCAGGGUUUGUGGAACUGGCGAGCGAAGACAAACACCGAAGCUUUUGCAACGGUGUUCCACCCAGUACCAGAUGAUAAGGUCAGGAACUGGAAGCAGUACGACGAGUACUACUCCCGAUUCUUCGCGCAGGAUGCAAAGGACAAGCAGAACAUCAAGCCCAGUCUUUACAAAUGGGGCCAUGUGGUUGCGGAGAACUUCAGCUCUGGUGAACAGGGUGUGCGCGAGGUCAAAGAUAUGCUGAGCACCAUCAAGGGCAAUCUUGUGGAGAUGCCGUUGCUUUUCCUGAAAGAGGAAGAUAUCGCCAAAGAAGGUGCGGGCUUCAACGCCUUCACUGAGGAACUCUACACCUAAGCGAAGAGCGCUUGAUUCUGGGCUGCGCACUUUGGGUGGUGGGAAUGGCUGAG